AGAAAAUAUCUAAGGUAGAGGAAAAGCUCCGUCCCCAAAAACAAAGGAAGCAAAAUCAAGUCGGCGGAACGGGAAGAGAUCGAUCGGGAAAGUUACGGCGGCUGAAGUGAUGGCGAACAUAGAAUCAGAAGCAAUCGAUUUCGAGCCUGAGGAGGAUGACCUUAUGGAUGAAGAAGUUACAGCAGUUGACGCCGCCGAUGUUUCUCCACGCGCGGGACACCCGAGGCUUAAGUCGGCUAUCGCCGGAGCUAACGGAGAAUCAGCGGCGCAGAAGAAGACUAAAGGCCGUGGGUUUCGCGACGAGAGAGAUUCCGAUCGUCAGCGCCGUCUUUCCUCACGCGAUUUCGAGUCACUCGGUUCUGACGGCGGUCAUGGUCCACAGCGAUCCAUUGAAGGAUGGAUUAUUUUGGUUGCUGGAGUUCAUGAGGAAGCACAGGACGAUGAUUUAUUCAAUGCUUUUGGUGACUUUGGGGAGAUAAAGAAUCUACAUCUCAAUCUCGAUCGUCGUACUGGUUUUGUCAAGGGCUAUGCUUUGAUAGAAUAUGAGAAGAAAGAAGAUGCACAGAAGGCGAUAUCAGCAAUGAAUGGUGCUGAGCUUCUAACGCAGAAUGUCACUGUUGACUGGGCAUUCAGCAGUGGUCCCAGUUCUGGUGGAUCUCACUGGAGAAAAAACCAGAGGUCUGGGAGGUCCCAGCGUUCACGAAGCCCGAGAAGACGUUACUGAUUGUAUUAUGAUUUGGUAUGGAGAGUUGUUUCCACAUCUCUCGGUAUUUGGGAUCCUCUCUCUAUCUGUAAGGUACGGUUACAAGGCGUGAGUGUUGGACAAAUUUUUUUUUGCAGUUAUGUAGGGUUUGGCUGCUUUUGCGUUGUUUAAUCUUAUGCCUUUGUAUGGGAUUUGUUGCGUUUAAACACCAUGAGAUCUGUUUUAAUGCUUUGUGUUGGUAAAAAAAAAAAAAUACAUUGGAUGAGGAAGAUGUUUUAAUUUUCA